GCGGGCGCUGAGACGGCCGUUUCCUGUCCUGGUGCAUGGUGGUCGGACGGAGGAAUUGUUGGAAAAUUUCUCAGCGAGAUUCAGAAUGACCAUUCUUUGAAUGGAAAAUCUCAUGUUUGCAGAAGGAACUGGAAUCCAGCAGAGGCUCGUGCCAAGGUGGUAAUGGGGAGGAAUUGAUUUUUGCCCUUUCUUGCAGACAGGUAGACAAUGUUAUUAGCCCAGAUAAAUCGAGAUUCUCAGGGAAUGACGGAGUUCUCUGGAGGAGGGAUGGAAGCUCAGCAUGUAACUCUCUGUUUAACAGAAGCUGUCGCUGUACAAGAUGGAGACAACUUGGACAACAUGGAAGGAGUGAGCUUACAGGCAGUUACUCUUUCUGAUGGAUCCACUGCCUAUAUACAACACAAUUCAAAAGAUGGCAAAUUAAUGGAUGGUCAGGUGAUACAGCUGGAAGAUGGUUCAGCUGCUUAUGUCCAACAUGUUCCCAUGUCUAAAAGUAGAGACAGUCUUCAUUUAGAAGAUGGGCAGGCAGUUCAGCUUGAAGAUGGAACAACAGCUUUCAUUCAUCACACUUCAAAAGACAGUUAUGACCAGAGUGCCCUGCAAGCAGUACAACUGGAAGAUGGGACCACUGCUUACAUUCACCAUACUGUACAAGUGCCACAAUCAGAUACUAUAUUAGCUAUUCAGGCGGAUGGCACAGUGGCAGGUCUUCACACAGGAGAUGCUACUAUUGAUCCAGAUACUAUAACUGCUCUGGAACAAUAUGCAGCCAAGGUGUCUAUUGAUGGAAGUGACAGUGUUGGUAGCACUGGGAUGAUAGGUGACAGUGAACAAGAUAAAAAAAUGCAGAUUGUCUUGCAGAGUCAUAGCACAAGAGUAUCAGCUAAGUCACAGUCAAGUGGAGAUAAGGCUUUUCGCUGUGACUAUGAUGGCUGUGGAAAAUUGUACACUACUGCUCAUCACCUUAAGGUACAUGAAAGGUCACACACAGGAGAUCGGCCAUAUCAGUGUGACCAUCCAGGUUGUGGAAAAGCAUUUGCAACAGGUUAUGGAUUAAAAAGUCAUGUUCGAACUCAUACUGGAGAGAAGCCAUAUAGAUGUUCAGAAGAAAACUGCACAAAGUCAUUCAAGACUUCAGGAGACCUGCAGAAACACAUAAGAACGCAUACAGGUGAAAGACCAUUCAAGUGUCCCUUUGAAGGAUGCGGUAGGUCAUUUACAACAUCUAACAUCAGAAAGGUUCAUAUCAGGACACAUACAGGAGAAAGACCCUAUUAUUGUACAGAGCCAGGGUGUGGAAGGGCAUUUGCCAGUGCAACUAACUACAAGAAUCAUGUGAGAAUACAUACAGGGGAGAAGCCUUAUGUAUGUACAGUUCCUGGCUGUGAUAAGCGUUUUACAGAAUAUUCUAGUUUAUAUAAGCACCAUGUGGUACAUACACAUUCUAAACCUUAUAACUGUAAUCACUGUGGGAAAACAUACAAACAGAUUUCUACCCUUGCAAUGCACAAGCGAACAGCACACAAUGAUACUGAACCAAUAGAGGAAGAACAAGAAGCAUUUUUUGAGCCGCCUCCAGGUCAAGGUGAAGAUGUUCUCAAAGGAUCUCAAAUAACAUAUGUAACAGGUGUUGAAGGAGAGGAUGUAGUUUCUGCACAGGUUGCUACUGUGACUCAGACAGGGCUGAGUCAACAGGUGGCACUUAUUUCUCAAGAUGGAACUCAGCAUGUUAACAUAUCUCAGGCUGACAUGCAGGCCAUUGGAAAUACUAUCACCAUGGUAACACAAGAUGGCACUACCAUCACAGUCCCUGCACAUGAUGCAGUUAUUUCUUCUGCAGGAACACAUUCUGUUGCAAUGGUCACCGCAGAAGGCACAGAAGGACAACAGGUUGCCAUUGUGGCUCAGGAUUUAGCAGCUUUUCAUAGUGCUUCACCAGAAAUUGGACAUCAGCAACAUGGACAUCAACUAGUCACUGCAGAAUCUAGACCCGUUACUUUGCUGGCAACAUCCAAUGGAACGCAAAUUGCAGUGCAGCUUGGAGAACAGCAAUCUUUGGAAGAAGCCAUUCGAAUAGCUUCUAGAAUACAACAAGGUGAAACACCAGGAAUUGAUGAUUAACUCAUAGCUUGGCUAAAGGAACAAUAGAAUUCUAUUUUAUUUUUGUUCAACAAAAGUCUAUGCCAGGUGAAAACCAUAAAAUGUUUUUGCUCACUAGUACUGUGCAUAUACUUUACGCAACAGUGAAGAACAUUUAAAGUGUAUAAUGUUUAUGUAUAUGAACUUUGAGAAUAACUGAAUUCCAUGUUUUAAGAUUCAUUAUUCUCUACCCAGGACUAUGGAAUUAGGUUUUUGUAUUAAAUUUACUUGCUUAUAUUCCAAACCAGUCUAGAGAUAAGCAACAACCACAAAAGAAAUGCUGGAAUUAAUUUUAAAGUCAUACAAAACCAAUGAAGGCAUUAUUGAAGAUUUCAACUGUUUAAAUCAUAACAGCAAUCAUCAUUCAAAAAUCCUUUGAAAGUACGAGUUUGUUUCUUAUAUGCAGUUUUGAAUUUUGAAACCUUUGUAAAUAUUCCAUUUUAAUUGUGGUUCAUACACAUGUUGAACAUUUAUCAUCUUUAGUUUCCUCUCCCAUCUCACUGAUUGUAAAUACAGACAAUUGCCAGAACUGCUAUUAUAUUAUCUUUGAAUUGGAUUAUGUAUAAAAGAAAAGCUUUGGUUGUUCAAUAUUAAAGGAAGUAAAACUA